AUGUUAUCUCAUGAGCAAUCCCAUUCUUAUUCAAAACACCGAAAUAAUCAAAAAACAAUACGCUCACAUUUAUAUAAUCAUCAUAUACGUGAUCAUACAAAGUCGGCUGAGGAUUUUUCAAAUGCACACGUAAAUAUAUUAAGUGGCGCUGAAACAAACCAACUAUAUAAAAACUUGACUGAAGAAGAAAUUCAACGACGUCAACUUAUUCGACAAUAUAUUUUUUCUAAACUCGAAGUUUAUGCUAAUAAACCUCGUAUUUGGCAGUUAACACAUUCAUCACAUAUAAAAAAACGUCUUCUAAAUAAAUCACGAAAUAUAUCAAAUCUCUAUUCUUUACCAAAUUAUUUUGUACAUGAAUCUAUAAAUCAAUUAUUUAUUAAUGUUGAUAAAUAUGUUUUACAAUUACGUCGACUUAUUCAAUCUACAUCGUGUGAAUCAGUUGACUUAAAUGUUCUAUUUCAAAAAAUAAGAAAACCUAAUAAUCAAUGGCGUUCAUUACAAUUAGAACGUGCAAAACAAAUACUUCCAAAUAUUAACAAUGAAGAAUUUACAGAAAAUGAACUUUUACAAAAAUAUUAUAUUCAUAUUAUUGAAACAUUAACACCAAAACCUGAUACAGCUAGUUCAAAUUGUAUUACACAACUUCGUGAACAACCAUUUGAUUUAAAUCAUGCAUAUGAACAAGCAAAAAAUAAAGGAAAAGAAUGUUUAGCACAAAUGUUAGAAAAAUAUCGUGCACCUAGUUCAAAUUGUAUUGCACAACUUCGUGAACACCCAUUUGAUUUAAAUCAUGCAUAUGAACAAGCAAAAAAUAAAGGAAAAGAAUGUUUAGCACAAAUGUUAGAAAAAUAUCGUGCACGUUUAAAACCUGAUCUUGAAUUAAUUCAAGAAAUGAUUAAGCUUGGUCUUAAACAAAUGAAAACAACACCAACAAAGGAAGAUUUUGAGGGUACAACAAAUUUUCUAACUAAAAUUUCCAUGUUUCAUAAAACAAAACAAGCAUAUGAAAGUGAUUUACAUAAUAUGGGUGAUGAUUUUAUGUUAUUAUGUUUUGGUAAAAUAUUUGGAGAAAAUGCAUUACCAACAACCGCACGUUCAAAUAAACAAUUCAUAUAUCUUAUUCAUUUAUUUUUUAAAUCUAUUUCACAACUUAUUACAAUGAUACAAACAACCUCUGAUAAUAAUGAAGAAAUUCUAUCAAUUAUAAAUACUGUUAUUGGAAAACUUUUUUCAACAAAAGAAAAUUCAUCAAUUAUUAAACUAAAUAAUGAUGAUCUUUUUUCACCAAAAUUAAAUAUUGAUCAAUGGACAUGGUUAUUAGAAAAAUGGCGUGAUGCUUUACGAACAUUUCCUAUUAUACUUACAGAAGUUGGAGCAUUCGCUCGUUUAUUACGUACAACAUUUGGUGUUGGUAUUGCACGUUUAUUUAAUUUUGCUGAAACAAUUGUUUGUAAUAAUCAAAUAUUAGAUUCAGUUGUUAUGAAUGAACAAUUGUUUCAUGCACUUCAAAUGGGUUUUUAUUUUGGAGUUGCAUAUGCUAUUGUCGAUUGUACACUAGAUGAAAUUCAUAAUUUAGAUGAAAUUUCUUCACAACAAGUAGCUGUCUUGAAAAUAGAGGCAAAUGAAAAUAGCAGAUUAUUAACACCAAUUGAAAUACUAGAUAAAUGGCUUUUGAUUAUAGAAGAAUUAUUAAGUGGAGGAGAAUUUAAUCGAAAAGAAAUACCAAAAACACCAUUGACACCAUUAUUAUUAGAAACAUUUGAUAGUCUUAUUACAUUAACAAAAAGUAUUAAUGUAACGCGUGCAGUUUUUAAAGACUUGGCUCUUUUAUUAAGAUCACAACGAAUGGAUAAAAAAACAAUGGAAAAUUUUUAUACUGAUGAAGAACUUUACUUAGGUAACAUUUUGUUUCUAAUAAGGCAUUAA